AGAACAAGAAAAACAGGACGAGGAGAAACAAACAGAACAUCUGAGCAUAUUGUCUCUAUAAUAUAUAUGGAGAAUGGAAUAGCAUCAACAUAAUGGAGUUUGGAGGCCGGACAGAGAGAGAGAAGGGAGGGAAGAAGAAGGAAGUAGUGUGCGUGACCGGAGCUUCAGGCUUCAUAGCUUCAUGGCUCGUGAAGCUCUUGCUGGAACGUGGGUACACCGUCAAGGCCACCGUCAGGAACCCCAAUGAUCCCAAGAAGACGGAGCAUCUCCGUUCUCUCCAUGGAGCCAAGGAGAGACUUCACCUCUUCGGUGCGGACUUGCUCGAGGAUGGUUCCUUUGACUCAGUUGUUGAGGGCUGUACCGCCGUCUUCCACACCGCUUCCCCCGUUUCCCUCUCCCCCGCUGACCCCAAGGCAGAACUAAUCGAUCCUGCGGUCAAGGGAACUCUCAAUGUCCUAUCAUCUUGCGUCAAGACCCCUACAGUCAGGCGGGUAGUCGUGACUUCGUCCAUAGUUUCAGUUGCAUACAAUGGAAAGCCUUUGACGUCUGAUGUGGUGGUCGACGAGACUUGGUUUUCCGAUCCAGCCUUCUGCGAGGAAUCAAAGUUGUGGUAUGUGCUGUCAAAAACAUUAGCAGAGGAGGCAGCGUGGAAAUUUGCCAAGGAGAAGAGCAUCGAUAUGGUGACUUUGCACCCUGGGAUCGUGAUCGGUCCCAUCUUGCAGCCCACUCUCAACAUCAGCACAGAAAUCUUCCUGAACCUCAUAAAUGGGGGGCAAACCUUCCCCAAUGCGAGUUACAGGUUGGUGGACGUUAGAGAUGUAGGGGAGGCGCAUAUUGUAGCGCUGGAGUCCCUUUCUGCAAAUGGCAGAUACAAUCUAGUUGCAGAUGUUGUUCAUGCUUCCGAGGUCCUGAGGACCGUACGGAAGCUUUAUCCGACUAUGCAACUCCCUGGACAAUGUUCAGAUGACAAGCCUUUUGAACAGCCGUACAGAAUAUCAAAGGAGAGAGCUGAGGGUCUGGGGGUUAGGUACAUUCCUUUGGAUGUGAGCUACAAGGACACAAUCCAGAGCUUAAAAGAGAAGGGCUUCCUCAGCAUCUAAAAGGACUAAUCCCAUCAAGGAUGCAAAGAAACUUAUCUAUUUUAUUAUCAGUAUUCAAUCGGUCGGGUCACCUUUCUGCGGCAAUAACGCUUGUGACCAUUUGUUUGUUUCUCCAUUUCGGAGAAUUGAAUUGAAAGGUGUAGUUGAAUCCCCUACUUGAUUUGA